UUAUGGUAGGAUGUAACCAGGGCGGACUGACCAUUUGGAAACUCGGACGCUGCCAGAGGGCCCCGGGGGUCAGUAGGGGGCCCCAUGAGAUGCACCUGGUACCUUUUUUCAUAGGCUUUUUUGAGUUUGGGCAAGGACACAGGGGCCCCAUGGUCCCCUAUUGCCCGGGGGCCCCGUGAGUUGUCAGUCCGCCCCUGGAUUCCGCCCCUGGGUGGGGGCGAGUGUGUCCCCCAGGGCCGUCUUGCUGAGCAGGCUCAGAGCUCAGGCUGGAUCUGU